GUUCUAACGCACGGUUUUCAGGGUUAUAUUGUGACUUUGAUUGAACACUGCAAAAAUUAAUUGAGGCUAUGCUUAUGACUCGGCCCUCCCCUCUCCCUGAGGGCAUCAGGCAUUGGGGUGUAAUGGGUUGCUAUAAAAGAAAUCAAGUUUAAACUUAAUUAAAAUAUGUAACGUUUAUUUGUAGGGGGGGGGUGUAUCAUAAUACUGACUUAAAUCGUUUCUCCAUAAUUACGAGACAGGAAUUCAUCUUGUAGUUAAAAAGAGAAUUGUUUAAUUGUUACCAUAGAACAGCUCUUUACUAGAAGAGUAUUUAGUAAUGAAUGGAAAAUCGUCUGAUCAAGAUGAAAGUCUCGUAAUUAUGAUCACAAAAUAACAAAAUAAAAUCUUAUGAUAUCGUGUUAAUUUUCUCUUAAUUCCGAGAUAGGAUCUCGUUAGUCCGAGAUGAUAUCGAUAUACAAUAAUAACUCAAUUAGAUAAAUUGGCACACUAGAUAUGAUUUUUGCAGGAAUCUUAGCAGAUAAGGAAUACAGAAUUAAUCUAUUACCUCUCCCUGAUCUUCUACAGAUUUAUGUAAGACAGGGUAGCAGAAUAUACGGUGAACACGUUCAUCUAAAUAUGGUUGACGUUACAGGUCGCAUUUGUUGCAAAAAUAUAUCAAAGCAUGUAAAAUAUACAUGUAUAGGAUUCUCCUUGAAAUAUUUUGUGGGUAUGAAUUCGAAAUUUAAGACACUAUUCGGAGGACAUCCCAUUUAGCAAACAUUUUGAAAAUUCGAGAAGAAACAUAUGUUACGCAAAUGGGAAUGAGCCAGGUAGAGCACAAUAGACUUUACUUGCAGGUAGACUAUAGGCUGUUUCUUAAAACACAACAGAUUUAUUUUUAUGAAUUCUAAACAGGUCACCAUAAGUUUAAUUACAUUGUAAUUAAUUGUAAAUAUGAAUAAUCUCGUUUUAGCCUGCAUUUUAGUUCCAAAUAAAUUGGAAUUUAUCUAUCUAUAAGCAUUAAUUUUAAAGUCGAUUACUUCAGUUUAUCAAAGCAGAUGCUCUAAUUACAAAAGAAUUAAUCCUCUAAAAAUUAACACUUAAUUAAAUGUCGAUUACUUCAUUUUCUUCAAAUAGACGCUAUGCUAUGAUAGAGAGAAAUAAAACUAUUGAAUAUUAGUUCUGCUCUCUUAAAGUUACGAGGAAAAUCAAUCUUAAGAUUUUUGUAAGUUUCUUUGUGAAAAGGGAAGAAAUCGUACAUUAUCUCUUACGAUGAUUAUUUAUCGUAAGGUUUCUUGUGAAAAGGACUACUGAUUAUUAUGAAUAAUACCUUUUAUUCUUAAAAAAAAAAAAAAAAAAAAAAGUUCGUUUAUACCCGUUUUGUUUUUAGUCUGAUUAUCAUUACGUUAUGAAAGAAGGUUGAUAAUUAGUCUUCGUAAUAGAAGAGAAUGCAAGGUCAUACAAAAUUUAUAUCAAUAAUUAGUCUUCAUAAUAUAAGUGAAUGCAAGGUCAUACAAAAUUUAUAUCAACAAUUAGUCUUCGUAAUAUAAGUGAAUGCAAGGUCAUACAAAAUUUAUAUCACUAAUUAGUCUUCGUAAUAUAAGUGAAUGCAAGGUCAAAUACAAAAUUUAUAUCACUAAUUAGUCUUCGUAAUAUAAGUGAAUGCAAGGUCAAAUACAAAAUUUAUAUCACUAAUUAGUCUUCGUAAUAUAAGUGAAUGCAAGGUCAAAUACAAAAUUUAUAUCAAGCACUAAAAUUAUCAAGGAUACGAACAAUUAGAUCGUAAAAUUUUCAGGACAACCUGUUAGAACAAAAGAAGACGAUAGGCAUCAGGUAACCAUGGAUAACAAAAGGUGCACAAAAAGUAGAAGCUACAGAUGUAUUCGGAGACUAGGCAAUCAAAAAUCAGAUGCAUCAGUAACAUUGAAAAGUCCCCUCCCUUUUCUUUUUCAUGAGGAGAGAUAUAUUAUUAAGGAGGCUUCGACACAACUGCAUUCAUAAUGAAGAUUUAUUCCGCUGCAAUGUCAUUGAGAGCCCUUUAUGUAUACGUGCGUUAGUAGAGGAUGACUUCUUUUUUCUUUUUUUUCAUGUAGUAGGGACAUGGAUUAUUUAACAAAAUAUUUAGUAUUGACAAACUUCAGAUAGUUCUGCUGUGGGGUGACGCUUCUCUCAGUAUAUUCUCUCUUAUUCACACAUUUAUUAAACAAAGUAAUCGAUUUAAUCAAUAAUCUAGUAAUAUAUCAAUACAUCAUAUAUAUUUAGAAUGUCUAAAACUGGCUAUCUCCUAGUAGAUUUAUACCUGAUCCCUUUGUAAUUAUAUUACAAUAAAAUACGUUCAAACCCAAAUAAAUGUAUUUACAAUGCAAACUCAAAGUGUUACUAUUGCAAUAUAUUUACUAGCGAGCGCGAGUGAGCUGAGAGAGAGAGAGAGGGGGGGGGGGUCAUAAUUUGGAUGUCUCUGUUUACAACGAGAUAGACCAUGACUGUACACACAAUACUCGAAAUAGAUUUGUACAAUUUAUAUGUCCUAGCAGCACACAUAUAACUUAUGUUCUGAAAUAACAGCCAAUCACAGAGCAUUUAAAUUUGUCAGUCUAAAUAUAGAACAGGGCAACACAUAUAUAUAUAAAACAUCAGGAGCGGUUUGCAGUAGUAUAUUAAACCGUUAGAAGACGACCCAGGGGAAAAUGCUCAUAGAAAUCGAAAUGGCAAAAGUCAGAAAGAAAUUAGUGAUAGUGGGAGAUGGUUCUACGGGUAAGACGUGUCUCUUGAUGGUGUUCAGUCGGGACCAGUUCCCCGAUGUCUACAUUCCUACCGUGUUUGAAACAUACGUUGCGGACAUCGAAGUGGACAAUAAGCAAGUGGAACUAGCCCUUUGGGACACGGCGGGGCAGGAGGACUAUGACAGGCUCCGCACGCUGUCCUACCCAGACACUGACGUCAUAUUGAUGUGUUACUCUGUAGAUAACCCCGACAGUCUGGUCAAUAUCCGCGAAAAGUGGACCCCCGUGGUCAAGCAUUUUUGUCCAAAUGUCCCCAUCGUUCUUGUGGCAAAUAAAACAGAUACACGAAAUGAUUCAGAAGUACUGAAAGAACUGGAGGUAGCGAAGAAGGGACCGGUGACAGUUAAGGAGGGACAGGCUAUUGCUGAUCAGAUUCGCGCUUUCGCAUUUAUGGAAUGUUCAGCGAAAAGACAGGAGGGAGUUCGAAAAGUGUUCGAGACGGCCACACGAGCGGCACUACAAGUUCGGAAGAAACGGAAAAUUCGAAAGUGUAAAAUUUUAUGACAAAAAACAAGUGUUUACAACUAUUGAGAACAGAAGACAAUAGGAAGAAACUGCAGCAAUUCUGUGAUAUUUUUAUAAAUAUAGAAUCCAUUAUGUUCAUCCUCACUGAUGUACAUGGUGCAAUGUCAUGAUUAAAUGCAUGUGUCACUUUUAUGCUUUUUAAAAUGUUAUUAUUUAAGUGGUAUGUUUUCUGAGUGACUGAGUAUUUAUUUAAGAAAGUAUGCACGCAUAUGUUUAUAUGUUAUGCAACAUUUGAUUUUGUGAGUGAAUAUUGUUUUAUAUAAACAUAACUAAAUACA